UGGAAGUAGUAAAGCCGGCUUGUGGGAAGCAGUGGGCGCUUGGCUGGGCAGGCUGCUGGUUUAGAAGGAUGGCAGAUGAGGAAGAAGACCCCACCUUUGAGGAGGAAAAUGAAGAAAUUGGAGGCGGUGCAGAAGGUGGACAGGGUAAAAGAAAGAGACUUUUUUCUAAAGAAUUGCGGUGUAUGAUGUAUGGGUUUGGGGAUGACCAGAAUCCUUACACUGAGUCCGUAGAUAUUCUUGAAGAUCUUGUCAUAGAGUUCAUCACUGAGAUGACUCACAAGGCAAUGUCAAUUGGAAGACAAGGUCGAGUGCAAGUUGAAGAUAUUGUAUUCUUGAUCCGAAAGGACCCAAGGAAGUUUGCCAGAGUUAAAGACUUACUUACCAUGAAUGAAGAAUUGAAACGGGCUAGGAAAGCUUUUGAUGAAGCCAACUAUGGAUCUUGACACUUUUUGUGCUUUCUGAAAUUUUGUUACCUUCUGUGGAAACCAUGUAUUAGAACCGUGUCUUCUACAGUAACUUCUUGAUACCUAGGCAUGUAGUGAAAGAUGUCUUCAAUUUUAGAUUGAUAUUUGAGCCUUAAUCACCUGCCUUUGUGUGACCAUAUUUGAAUUACUUAUUGAGUUUUAAUGACUACACAUAAGUAUUGUAGACCAUGCAGUUCCAUCUGCUUCUGACCAUUUAAAGGUAAAGUUUUGUUUAGGUUUUAGGUAGAUUUGUGCCAUUAUAAGCUAUAAACUGUAGGUGCUUAAUAUGUCAAAUCUAAGUAUCCUUUGAGUUUACGAAAGUACAGAUAUGUGCUUUAUUGUAUUCCUAAGUUUUUAAACAACAGUGGUCUGAGAGGUUAUGAAAGAUAAUGAGCUGAUUUUUAUUUCUUUUAAGGUGAUGGCAUAUAAAACUUAAGUUUUUGUAAGGAAUGUUUAAUGAUCUUAAAGGAUAGUUUGUUUUAGUAUUCUUUUCUAAGGGGUUUUGUUUUUGUUUUUGUUUUAAUAUAACCUAAAAGUUUCCUGUCAGUGCAUCUGAUUUAAAACCUUUUUAGGCUUAUAACGUAUUUGUUAAGUUUUAGAAGACCUCAUUUUCCUAGAUGACAUUAAAAUUUCUUAAAAUGCUUUCAGUAGCUGGAAUGUCAAUAUUUAAAAAGCUGAUGUCAGGGUAAGUAUUUGGGGUAAUUUUUAUUAACAGAUUUGUAAGUGCUUUCAUUGUGGAAAUAUAUACUUGUUUAAAACCAUAUGUGACUGUACAAACCACUUUUGUAAUUCAGAAUAUGCAGGCCUUGUGUGUAUUUAGCCUAUUGCAUUAAAUUAUUAUUGUGCAUAGCUUAUAAUAAUAAUUGAAACUGCAUUUAAAGAGA